CUAACACGGAGGCAAGUGUUUACAUAAAUGAAUCAAUAAAUCUUGUAAUACUUGGGUGCAGUGGUGUGGUACUUAUCAAAAACAACCUCGUUUUAAACAAGGAAGCUAAAAAAUAUUCAGCAUAAAGAUAUGCAGCCACAAGCUCCUCCAGUACAGGAGUACCCUUCCCAGGUACCCCCAGGGGUAGUGUAUGCAGUGCAAACACCAACCAGACCUGGGCCUAGAGUAUGGCCAAACUUCAAUGGCAAAGCUAGUACAGUCCUAGGAGGACUACAAGUAGCAUGUGGCAUACUGGCAGUUAUAUUUGGUAUAGCAGCAAUAGGAGUUCAUGCAAGUAUUUACCAGAGUGGAGCGGGAAUCUGGUGUGGCUUUCUGUUCUUCAUGGUAACUGGAGCAUUUGGAAUCGUGGCUGGAAAGGCUAAGACCACAGGCUGGAUUGUAGCUUUUAUGGUGAUGUCAAUCAUUACGGCUGUAAUAGGCUGUGUAACACUUUUGACCAUUGCUUCAAUUGGAACAGCCAUUGACAGUAAUCGAAGGGAAUAUGAAUGCAAAACAGACUGGUUAACAGGACGUCAUACCUGUACUUAUGUCUAUGUCUACUCUGGUUCUGAAAAACUUGGAAUCAAUAGUAUGCUGAUUGUCAUAUCACUGGUUGAGGCAGUGCUGUGCAUUGUAUCAGCAGGCUAUUGCUGUGCUGCAGUGUGCUGCUGUAGACAGAAUAACCAGACUAGGGUACAAGUUGUACACAGUGGCUAUCCAAACCUAGGGAUGCAACAACACCAGAUCCCCGCUGUAAUAAACGGACAACAAGUGUUAACCAAUGGCCAACAAGUAAUCUACAUCACAAACACCAAUCCUGUCGCCGGUCACUAUCCACAACAGCAAACUGCAGUGUAUCCCGUGAAUGCUUCCUAUGGCUCUCCACCUCCUUAUACUCAAGGAAUGUCUGUAGGCCUACCCCCUCAAAGUGCCCCACCCCCUCAGGGUGCCCCACCCAAUCAGGGUGCCCAGGCCCCUCAGGAGGCCCAAGCACCAAUGUAUGACAAUGCGAAGCCACCAGUUGAGAGUAUAUAAGACAUCAAACAGCAAAACUGAAUGUAAAUAAUCAUAACUUUGGAAAAAGUAACCCAAAGCCAGCCUUAUUCAACACAUGCAUGAACAUUUGCAACAAAAUGUUCAAUAAAAAAUAAGGAAAUACAGUACUAUAGGACUGAAUAUGAUUACAAUCAUGAGGUUGAAUUUAGGUGUUUUUUCAUUAUUAUGUCUUUUAUAUGAUUAUUGACCCUGUAAUCUUAUCAAUAUUGAAGCAACUGGCGCUGUAUAUAGUUAAGAAUUAGCUUGAUCUUAUGGAACACUUCACAUCAGUGAAGACAGAAGUUGAAGGAAUGUCAUGAGAAUUUCAAAUAUACCAGAGUCACAAUUUUUUAUAGACCUGUUUUCAUGCUAUUUUCCUACUGAUAUUAAAUCAAAGCUGUUGUAGCAUUUGACAGGAUUCUGUGAUUUGAAUCAGUAUGUGUGCAUAUGUUACAUGCUAUGAUACUACAAUCAAUCAAUGGAGUCAGAAUAGAAAUAUAUGAAUAUUGGAACAAGUAUAGGGAACACCAGGUGACUUAUAUUAAAACUGAUCAAUUUCAAUUUGUUUUCUUAUUUAUCUAUGUGCUAUACUUAAAUGACAAGCCUAAUAUUAAACAACCUGUGCAUAUUAUGUGUAUGUAUCAAAGUAAUAACAAUAUAUAUGUUAUUUGAAGAAUGUAGUCUUAUUUUCUUUAUUUUUCUUCUAAAUAUUCUUACUAUAUUUACUUUUUAUUGUUGGAUGUACGUUUGGCCCUCAUAGGGCAUCAGUACAAGUAAACCCGAUUAUAUAUGAUAUUAAAGUUCAACAAAUUACUUUUUAUGUAUUUUACAGAGCUAACUGCAUUUCUAUAACACAGGUUUCAUAUAAAUAAAAAGAAAUAGAAGCAAAUUGGCCAAUAUGGCAGUAUAAGGAUUCACUUUUCUUUUUUGAUUUGCGCUUUAUCAUAAUGUAUCAGUAAAACUGAUAAAAGGUAUUUGAAGACGUUUCAUAAUAAUCUAUUUUAAAAGUAUGCUUGAAAGGUUUCCCUGGAGUAUCACAAGGUGAAUCCAAGGCCUAUGAUAAACUGCUGACCAUUAUCACAUUGACAAAGAGUUACCAACUGGAUGCAAAACCAAAGCGAAACCAUCUGUAACACAUGAAUGAUGAACACUGAAUGUUUGUCACAAAAUUGGUGUCUAUAAGAAAAAAAUAUAUGCCCCUUGGCCCUACUUA